AAAAGAAGUGUGUGUGUUUAACUUGCAUAACGAGCCACGGGAUCCUACAUCAUCUCUCUGAAAUGAAAUUCAGAUGUACACAUCCUUCCUUCCUCGCGCGCCAGGAAGCGGAGCCUCUUGCAGCAGUUCCUCUGCCCAAAGAGGGCGGCAGUAUCCCAGUAACUCACUCCCUGAAGAUGUGGAGGUGGGAGGAGAGAUUCGCGUUCAAAACCUUUUUGACUCUACCCACUCUCCGUAGCGCCUUAGCCCGCUCCAGUUUCAAUGCGCGUUGUUGUUUGGCGAAGCUGAGUCCUAUACACCGCCCGCUGCUCUCCUGAUCAUGGCUUCUCCGAGUUCCUUCACCUACUAUUGCCCUCCAUCUUCCUCCCCUGUCUGGUCAGAGCCACUGUACAGUCUGAGGCCCGAGCACGCGCGGGAGCGGUUGCAGGACGACUCGGUGGAAACAGUCACGUCCAUAGAACAGGCCAAAGUAGAAGAAAAGAUCCAAGAGGUCUUCAGUUCUUACAAGUUCAACCACCUUGUACCAAGGCUUAUUUUGCAGAGGGAGAAGCACUUCCAUUAUCUGAAAAGAGGCCUUCGACAGCUGACAGAUGCCUAUGAGUGUCUGGAUGCCAGCCGCCCAUGGCUCUGCUAUUGGAUUCUGCACAGCUUGGAGCUUCUAGAUGAACCCAUCCCCCAGAUGGUGGCGACAGAUGUGUGUCAGUUCCUGGAGCUGUGUCAAAGCCCAGAUGGCGGCUUUGGAGGGGGCCCUGGCCAGUACCCACACCUCGCACCCACGUAUGCAGCAGUCAACGCACUGUGCAUCAUUGGCACUGAGGAGGCCUAUGACGUCAUCAACAGAGAGAAGCUGCUUGAGUACUUGUACUCGCUGAAGCAACCCGAUGGCUCUUUUCUCAUGCACGUUGGAGGUGAGGUGGACGUGAGAAGUGCAUACUGUGCCGCCUCGGUAGCUUCUCUGACCAAUAUCAUCACGCCAGACCUCUUUGAGGGCACUGCUGAAUGGAUAGCAAGGUGUCAGAAUUGGGAAGGUGGAAUUGGCGGGGUGCCUGGGAUGGAAGCCCACGGCGGCUACACUUUCUGUGGCCUGGCUGCACUGGUCAUCCUCAAGAAGGAACGUUCCUUGAACUUGAAGAGCUUGUUACAAUGGGUGACAAGCCGGCAGAUGCGGUUCGAGGGCGGAUUUCAGGGCCGCUGCAACAAGCUGGUGGACGGCUGCUACUCCUUCUGGCAGGCAGGGCUCCUCCCCCUGCUCCACCGCGCGCUGCACGCUCAAGGUGACCCUGCCCUCAGCAUGAGCCACUGGAUGUUUCAUCAGCAGGCCCUGCAGGAGUACAUUCUUAUGUGCUGUCAGUGCCCCGCCGGGGGGCUGCUGGAUAAACCUGGCAAGUCUCGGGACUUCUACCACACCUGCUACUGCCUGAGUGGCCUGUCCAUAGCCCAGCACUUUGGCAGUGGAGCCAUGUUGCACGAUGUGGUCCUCGGUGUGCCCGAAAACGCUCUGCAGCCCACUCACCCUGUGUACAAUAUUGGACCAGAUAAGGUGAUCCAGGCCACCAUGCACUUUCUGCAGAAGCCGGUCCCAGGCUUCGAGGAGCAUGAGGAUGAGGCAACAGCAGAGCCUGCCACCAACUAGAGGACACGGGGUCCCGCGGCUCUUUUACCCACCUCCCCAGUCAGCCCAAGGUUUAUACGUUUUGAUACAUACUGCAUUCUGUGCGGCACAAGCCUUGGCCACCAUGGAGCUGUGGUUCUUUGUCUUUUCUUGUCAAAAAAAACCAAAACCAAUGGCUCUGAGUUUGGAGAACACAGUGGCAUGGUUUUUAAAAAAUUCUUUCCACUCCUGUCAAACCAAAAAUCUGUCAGUCCAUGUGGCACCUAAGCCCAGCUCUGGCCUGGCCAGGGUGGUUGGGGAAUGGUGCAUGCUGGGAAGAAGCAGCCCCUCCCCACCAGCUCUCCAGCCCGGACAGUCACAUUGAAUGAAUCAUGUCUCUGAGUAUUACAGCUCCCAGAGUCACUGCUGCGAUUCCCACUUGCAUGGCACCAUUAAGUUGCCAGGAAGGUGCCCUCCUGUGGGUGGAAAUAGUCUACUCCAUGCUGAGUGGUGGGGGUGGGGAGCUUUGGGUCCCACCAAAAUGAAUUCUCCAGAAAUAACCCUGGUGGGGCUUCACCAGGAGGUGCCUGAGGCUCUAGCCUCCCACCCUGGUCAUUUGCAAGGGAAAGGAGCUGGGGGUGGGGGAGAAAGGUCUCCUUGAGUUGUGAGUGCCUUCCCCCCACACUGGAGAACUGAGCCACACAUCACUCCAAGGCCGCGCUUGGUGCACGGGCAGGAUUUGCUUUGGCCCCAGGUGUGGUGACUUAGACCGGGGAAACCAAUUAUGAGUGGAAAAUGAACCUCUGGUUCAACUGCGUGCCAGAGGAAGCAGCCCCAGUACCCACCCCUCACCCCACUCCAUCAUGUACCGUGAAAAACCCCUCUGACGUCCUCCAGGCAGCGCCUGCAGCCCGUUCUGCAUGUUUCCAUCCUUCUUCCACCAGACUCCCAGCCCACCCUCCUCAAAGACAGUGUUGUCUUCUCACCCAGAGUAUUAACACUACUAAGUCUUUCACCUUAAUUUCUGACUCAGGAUUUAUUCACACCCUGCCCACUCCAGGCUCACAGAAAGAAGAUCAAGUGGGAGACAAGCUGGCUACCGUGAAGGCAGCUGCCAUGAAGGCAGCAGCCGUGUAGACCUGGCUGCAGCAGGCUGAGCGCUGCCCGUGGUGUGCAGCUGGCAGGGCCUCUGCUGCCCACACGGAACCCUUUCUCGGUCAGUGGGGUGUUGAGUUGGGUCCUCUGUCCACGGCUCCGGUCACAGCCAGCUCCGUGUCGCUGACCUGGCCUUCACGGAAGCAGCCGUGAGCUGCGGGCAGAUGGAGCUUGGAGAUGCACCAGGAGGCUCUUCUCAAACACCCUGGCCAGCUGCUGCCUCUAAUUCCCUAUUGCUGUGGUGUACUGGGCUGUGUAUUACCUCCUUGAAAUAAUAAAAGAAUAACAUUUUC